GCCGUGAAUGUGAGCAAGAUAUUCAUUUAGUUAGUGCUGUGACUUCGUUGGGACGGUACAAGUUAUAUUUACUGUCCGAUAUCCGCAUUUCGAUAUGUCGCGCGUUUAUCACCCAUCGAGUCAUGUUGUCGAGAAAUCACGGCUUUCUUCGUUCAAUAAAUAUAAAGAGAUGCACAAAAAAUCACUGGAGCAGCCUGAGGAAUUCUGGUCCGAAAUAGCCAAAGAUUUUUACUGGAUGACGCCUCAUGAGCCCGGGAAGUUUUUAUCAUAUAAUUUUGACAUUAAUAAAGGAGACAUUUUCGUCAAAUGGAUGGAAGGAGCGAAAACAAAUAUUACUAUCAAUAUAUUAGAUCGGAAAGUAAGGGAUGGCUUUGGAGACAGAAUCGCUUAUUAUUGGGAAGGCAACCAUCCUGAAGAUUACAGUCGCAUUACGUAUAAGAAGCUUCUGGAACAAGUGUGCAAAUUCGCAAACAUGUUACGAAGCCAUGGAGUUGGGAAAGGCGACAGAGUUUCAAUUUAUAUGCCGAUGAUUUUGGAAACAGCUGUCUGCAUGCUGGCGUGUGCUAGAAUUGGAGCUAUACAUUCAGUUGUAUUUGCAGGAUUUUCAUCGGACUCUUUGGCUGAGCGCAUGUCGGAUUGUAAGGCGAAAAUCCUUGUGACAGCCGAUGGUGCCUGGCGGGGUGAGAAGCUCCUAAUCCUUAAGAAUACCUGUGAUGAAGCCAUGGAGAAGGCCAGAACCAAGCUUAACCAUACUGUAGAAAAGUGCAUAGUUGUCGCACACCUAGACAGGGUUACCCCUUGUGGACCUAUCAGCGAUGACGUCAGAACUUUGUAUAAGUGGAACGACGGCGUCGACUUGUGGUGGCAUGAGGUAAUAAAAGAUCAGUCAAUCAUUUGUGCUCCAGAAUGUAUGGACGCAGAAGACCCGUUGUUUAUGCUAUAUACAAGUGGGUCUACCGGGAAACCGAAGGGCGUUCUGCAUACGACUGCGGGUUAUCUCCUGUACGCUACGGCUACGUUUCGAUACGUGUUCGAUUAUGAUGCCAAGGAUAUUUACUGGUGUACGGCUGAUGUUGGCUGGAUCACGGGUCACACCUACGUCGUGUAUGCGCCGCUUGCAAAUUGUGCUACUUCAGUUAUGUUUGAAGGAACACCGUUUUACCCAGAUAAUGACCGCUACUGGGAAGUGGUAGAGAAGUAUAAAGUGACCCAGAUGUACACAGCGCCUACUGCCAUUAGAUCGCUCAUGAAAUUCGGCGAACAGUAUCUAGCCAAACACGAUUUGACAAGCUUGCGAGUGUUGGGCAGUGUGGGGGAGCCAAUUAACCCGGAGGCAUGGUAUUGGUAUUACAACCUGGUUGGAAGCGGCAGAUGUUCCAUUGUUGACACGUUUUGGCAGACUGAGACGGGUGGUCACGUCCUCACUAGUUUACCCGGCGCUACUCCUAUGAAACCCGGAGCAGCUGGUUUUCCAUUCUUUGGAGUAGAGCCAAUCAUUUUGGAUGAAAACGGAAAGGUGAUUGAAGGCCCUGGUGAGGGCUACCUGGUCUUCUCCCGCCCAUGGCCUGGCAUAAUGCGCACCUUGUACGGAGACCACGAACGUUACCAAAAAGUAUAUUUCUCCAAGUUUCCAGGAUAUUACUGCACCGGCGACGGUGCUAGGCGCGACGAAGACGGAUUUUUGUGGGUAACUGGUCGUAUCGACGAUAUGCUGAACGUUUCUGGUCAUUUGAUGUCCACAUCUGAGGUCGAGAGUGUUCUCACUGAAGACACCAGAGUCUCCGAGGCCGCAGUUGUAUCCAAGCCUCAUCCUCAAAAGGGAGAAUCUCUGUAUUGUUUCAUUAUCCUUAACGAAGGAGUAUCAUUUACUCCCAAUCUUGUUAACGAUUUGAAGAAACAUAUUCGCAAUCGCAUUGGUGCCUUCGCUGCACCAGAUGUUAUUCAAUAUGCUCCUGGAUUGCCAAAAACAAGAUCAGGGAAGAUAAUGAGAAGGAUCCUCAGGAAGAUCGCAGUCGGAGAUACUGAUAUAGGCGAUACAUCAACACUUGCUGAUCCUUCCGUUGUUGAGGAGCUUUACAAAAACAGGCCCUAAAAUGUAAUCGCAACUGCCAAGCAACUGCAGUAAAUAUUUACCGUUUGCUAAAUGUUUAUAGUUUCGUAAAGUUAAUAAUAAUGCCGUUUUUGUUUGCAAACCGUCCUAUGUAUUUCAAUGCUAAUGCUUGUAAACGUAAUGUGUAGGAACAGCGCCAAAAUCUUCACCACCAUUGCGUACUUUAUAUGGUAUAGUACUUAUUACUCAUAUUAUAUAACUUAAGAUUCAGUAACUAUAUUUUAAAAUUGUGGAAAUUUAUAAUCAACUGUGUUUAUGUUGCUUUUAACAAAUAGUUAUAGUGUGUACAAUUAUUUAAGGAUGUUCAAAGCUUGAUUAAAAUGCAUUCCAGUUAAGCGAAAUCCCGCAAUUAUUGGUAAUUCGUCUUUUUUGUACCUAAUGAAAUAAUAAUGUAUUUACCUACCGAUCGUGAUUAUCCUGGGGUUGAGAGAGUUAGUAAUAAUACACGGUCAUAGUUGUUUCUUUAAUGUUAUUUAGACAUUGGAACAGACAAUGCUGACACACAUUUUAUGUUAUUAAUGAGCAAAUGUCAUUUAGGAGCAAGAUUUACUUUUUAAGGUAUGAAGGAAGGGCGCCGGUGUGCGUUGAUAGUGGUGAACAGGGUUGUGUCGCAAUAGUGGGAGGCUACUUUUCACAGAAUGCCGGCUAGAUUAUGGGCACCACAACGGCGCCUAUUACUGCCGUGAAUCAGUAAUGUGUAAGCAUUACUGUGUUUCGGUCUGAAGGGCCGUAGCUAGUGAAAUUAUAACAUCUUAUGUCUCAAGGUGACGAGCGCAGUUGAAGUCCGCUCAGAAUUUUUGAGUUUUUCAACACUGAAUUGUAAUUGGGCAGGGCGUAUCAAUAACCAUCAGCUGAACGUCCUGCUCGUCUCAGCCCUUAUUAUCAAUAAAAAAAAUUCGCUCCGCCUAAAUCGUUUUGUGUUGCGUCACGACUCAGAAAACUCAUCAUGGGGCGGAGCUUGAUACUUAAAUUCUUCUCUGAAGAUUUGCUCUUAACAAACGGCCUACCGUUAAGCCGUCUGACAAAAUGCAAUUAGUGGCAGAUGUAAAGCACCACAAAAUUUUCGCCAUCUCUCUUCACUCACUCAAAUAAAAAAAAUCAAUGUAUUUCCUGAUUUGUUAUUUUUAUAAUUAAUUUGUAGCACGUAGGAGGUAUGUAAAGUUAUUAUUAGUGCUAUAUAUUAAUUUAGACAGUUAAGAUAACUAGUUUCCCAAAUUAUAUUUAAUAAAAUAAAAAUUAUAAUUAAUUCUUUAUUUAUAAUAUUAUUAAUACUCGAAUUAUAUUGUUUCUUAUUGAAUUUCUAGCUUAACGUAAAACGUAAAAUAUUUUUUAAUUAUUAUACUGUCCAUUUAUAGAUUAUGUCCUGGCAUAGUCUUAUAGGAGGGUUCUCUUAAGAUAAAUCAUAACAUUCAGAUGUUUCUCUUGUUGAAAAAGUCAAGGAAAAUUAUUACAUAAUUCCCUGACUGUAUUUGUUGAGUUUUUUUUUUCGAGAACUCAUGAGCUCAUGUUUAUGAUCAUUCAGCGGUGAUGAGUUAUUCAUCAGGUGAUACGCUUUCUCGAUUGGCCUCGUAUUUAUUUAAAAAAUGAGUCUGAAAUGCCAAUAUGGUAUUCUGGUGGGAUUCCUCUUUAAAGUAUUCAGUGGAACGCAAUAAUUAUUGUGUUCUAUGCAUGUUGUUAUUAUGCAAUUAGGAAGACAUGUUUAAACUUGUCAAAUAAUUGAUUAAACAAUACAACGCUCAAAGCAAAUGAAACGAAAAUCUUUCUAGAUAUUGAUGACUGGUAUAAUCUGAUAUAAAACUACUUUGGUAUUAUUACUACUAGUUUAUUAUUAUUAUUUAUUAUUAUUAUUAUCUAAAUAAUGCCAGCUUUUAUAAAACUAGGUUAAAUUUUACGCACAUUAUAAUUACUUAUUAUUUAUAUAAAGGCAAUUCUGUUAAUUUGUACAAAUAAUUUUAGUUACAUUAUUAUUAAAGAUUGGUUUUAUUUAAGUAAAAUGCUGUUGAUAUUACAUUAAAAUUUCAUUUAUACUCUGUUGCAGAUCUCACAGAAAAUGUGAUAACGAAUGACAGGAACAUAUUUUUCUUUUGUAUGAUUUUUUAUUGAGUUUGUUAUAGAAAGAAAUAAAUUUAUUUCUUUGAUGUUGUUGUAUUAUUUUAUAUUUAAAAAGUCCUGUAUACCUAGUAUCUGCAACGGAAUAUCUUUAGAAAAUAAAAAAUACGUAAUAUGUAGAUGAAUUAGUAUUGGUGUCUAUAAUGAUAUAACAGUAGUAAAACUAAACUUGCACCUGUCUUUAGAUAAAUGUGUCAAGUUAGAAUAAGAAUUUUAUAAGUAGUCUGGCCAUAAACAAAAUAUUACAACUAAAAACUUUUAUUAUUGUUCUGUUCUCAAAUUUGAAGGCAUUUGUCACCAGUACGUUGAAGCUCUCCCAUUAACUUCAACACUUCCAUCCUAUUUCGAAGACUACUGUUAUACCAAAGGCCGUAAAUCUAUAUUCGCUGAAGCAAACAACAAGGUGAUGGUCAGUUUCUUUAUAAAAUUUCUAUAGCAAGCACUGUUUAACUUUCACAUAGAAACGGUUCAAAGGACCAUAAAUUCCUAAGAGGCCUAUCGAUCAAUCCAAGGUUGGCCAUUUCGAUUAUAAUUUAUUUUUAUUUCAUUACUUAAUAAAAAUUAGACUCACUUUUAUUUGUUACAGAUAAUAUGGUCAGACUGUUAUCAAUGUCUCAUUUAGAUUUUAUGUAAUAACAUAAUGAUAUUUUAUGUAUACGUGUUAAGCUGUCAAAUGUGAUCAGUGUGAAAAAGUACAUAUCAUUAAAACGUGAUAUUAUUCCAA